GAAUUCUGAGUUUUUGUUUGUUCAGAUUAAAUUUGAAAAAGCUGAACUCUUGUAGUCUUGUUUGUUUUAGUUUCUGCAAAGCAGGAAUUGUUAUAAAUAUUAAGAAUAUAUGAAGCCAGUCAGUUUCAGCUCUGCAGGCUUACUGUACUGUGUUGUUUUUCUGCUCAGCAGAAGGGCCUUGAUCACUAUGAAAGGGGGGCAGACUGUAGACCAGCCCUCUUGCCGUCUUCUUUUCAGAGGGGAGGCACGGGGAGAGCAGAGUAGCUGUUGAGGAAACACCAGAGCGAGCAGUGUUGUGUAGUUGCAAUGGCCCGGUUGAGUCUGUAUCGGACCCCUGCGGCGCUGCCCCUGUCCUGGAUGGAGAAGCCGGCAGCUUCAGGCGUGCGCUGCAGCAGCAGCAUGCCGGUGAUUCGACAAUCGUUCUCGGAGAGCAGCAGCAUCGUCAGGCCCUUUAAUGAGAUCCCUGGACUGUGGAGGAACAGCUCGAUCAACCUGUACAAAUUCUGGAAACAGGAUGGCUUCAGGAACCUGCACCGCCUCAUGCUGCAGAACUUCAACACCUUUGGACCCAUUUAUAGAGAGAAAAUAGGUUAUUAUAAAAGUGUUAAUAUCAUCAAACCAGAAGAUGCAGCAAUCCUGUUCAAAGCCGAAGGCCAUUACCCUAAAAGACUGAAAGUUGAAGCGUGGACGUCAUACAGAGACUACAGAAACCGCAAAUACGGAGUCCUGCUGAAGAACGGUGAGGACUGGAGAUCCAACCGCGUCAUUCUUAACAAGGAGGUGAUUUCCCCCAAGGUGCAGGAGAACUUUGUGCCUCUGCUGGACGACGUGGGCCAGGACUUUGUGGCCCGGGUUCACAAAAAGAUCAAGCGAAGUGGUCAGAACAAAUGGAGCACGGACCUUUCUCAGGAGCUCUUUAAAUAUGCGCUGGAGUCGGUGAGCUCGGUGCUGUACGGGGAACGUUUGGGUUUGAUGCUGGACUACAUCGACCCUGAAGCUCAGCGUUUCAUCGACUGCAUCACGCUCAUGUUCAAGACUACCUCCCCCAUGUUGUACAUACCUCCUGCUGUGCUGAGAAAGAUUGGAUCCAAGGUGUGGCGGAACCAUGUGGAGGCCUGGGAUGGCAUAUUUAACCAUGCGGACCGCUGCAUCCAGAACAUCUACAGGCAGCUGCGUCAGGAGACGGACACCUGUAAGAAGUAUCCAGGAGUUUUGGCUACAUUGUUAUUGCUGGACAAGCUGUCCAUUGAAGACAUCAAGGCCAGUGUCACUGAGCUGAUGGCCGGAGGAGUCGACACGACGUCUAUAACCCUGCAGUGGACGCUGUAUGAAUUAGCCAGACAUCCAAACCUGCAGGAGGAGCUGAGGGCCGAGGUGGCUGCUGCUCGAGCUGCAAGCCAGGGAGACAUGCUGGACAUGCUGAAGAGAAUUCCUUUGAUCAAAGGGGCUCUGAAGGAAACACUGAGGUUACAUCCAGUUGCUGUGAGUUUGCAGAGAUACAUCACAGAAGAUAUAAUUAUUCAAAACUACCACAUCCCAGCUGGGACCUUGGUUCAGUUAGGACUGUACGCGAUGGGCAGAGACCCCAAGGUGUUUUUCCGUCCGGAGCAGUAUCAGCCGUCUCGCUGGCUGAGGACCGAGUCUCAGUACUUCAGGAGCCUGGGCUUUGGCUUCGGACCCCGCCAGUGUUUAGGACGCAGGAUAGCUGAGGCAGAGAUGCAACUCUUCCUGAUCCAUAUGCUUGAGAAUUUCCGAAUUGAGAAGCAGCGCAACGUGGACGUGCAGAGCACCUUUGAGCUCAUUCUCUUACCAGACAAACCUAUCAUACUGACUCUGAAACCUCUGCAAGCUAACCAGUAACAUCAAAGCUUUAAAGGAAUUUGUGGAGCGCAUCAAGUUCAGUUCAGUUUUAUAACCUUUUCAUCUUAGUGAACUGCUAUURUCUUCACGCAGCACUGCAAAAUAAACACGAGUUUGUAUUACUGUAGAUAGAAAGCAUGAAAACAAGUAAAAACUAAAAAACAUACAUUAGGAAGCAAUUACCUCAGUGAUUCGGUAACUAAUGUAUUGUACAUAGCUUAGAAAACAAAAUGAUUUAAUAAUAAAAAUGUAUAAAAAGCAGGAAUCCAUUUGUACAUGGAAAAUAUUUAAAAAUGCACAUCUAUAGAGACCAAACAAUGUAAUUAUUGUUUCAGUUUUCUGCAUUUUAACAUAAAAUCAGAUUUCAGGGAUUUGAACUAUUGGGCUGAGCUUAUUCCACUAUUGAGAAGGUUUUAGUGUUAGGAGACUGAUCUUCUCAGAUUACCUUUUCAUGAAAAUUACAAUCCCCGUGAAUAAAAAUCCAUUCUAUUCUUUGUCAUGACACAAGUCUCUUUAGCCUCCUCUUUGCUUUCUCUGACCACACAUUGUCCCCUUGAUUAACUCACAAACACAUUAAAUUCAAGAUACUAAA